AUGGGACAGCUACAGCUUGCUGUGCCAACGUCAAGUCUCGGGAAACCGGAAGGAGGACAUGCAAUCGAGACUAUCUUGAAGGCCGCGGCCGAGCAUGGAAUCAAAGGCAUCGAAGUCUGCUACGAAGGCAUCCUGAGCCACGCCGUCAGCCGCUCAAAACAGUCAGAUCAACCAUCAAACGAGGAGAUGCUCGAUGCUGCAAAAGAUAUCAAACAACAAUGCCAGAAGUUGGGACUGACUAUCUUCGUGCUACAGCCGUUUGCAUCAUACGAAGGCUUGCUCGAUCCGGAGGCUCACCGUGCCGCAGUUCGAAGAUGGUCACAUUGGCUGGAUCUGGCCCAAACUUUGGGAUGCGACAUCAUCCAGAUGCCCAGCAACUUCGAGCUUUCUGGCACGACCGGAGACAUUGACAGAACAGUGGCGGAUAUGGUCGAGAUCGCGGAUAUGGCACUGGCUGCGUCCCCGCAAGUCCGCAUUGCGUAUGAAGCCGUUGCAUGGGGCACACAUUUCGACCUUUGGGAGCAGAGUUGGGAGGUGGCGAAGAGAGUCAAUCGAUCCAACUUUGGGCUGUGUCUGGAUACCUACCACAUCGCCGCCAGAGUAUGGGCUGACCCAGAAAGACCCGAUGGCAAGCUCCCGAACGGCGAUCAAGCGCUGGAAGAAUCACUCCAUCGCUUGGUGAAGGAUGUCGAUCUGGACAAGGUCUACAUGCUGCAACUUUCAGACACAGAACGACUGUCAAGCCCGCUCGUGGACGGUCAUCCGCUUUACGUCAAAGGUCAGAAGUCUCGUAUGACUUGGUCCCGGAAUGCGAGGUUGUUCCCCUGCGAGGAGCAGUUCGGAGGCCACUUGCCCCUCUUGCAGAUCACAAGAGCGGCGGUCAAUGAACUCGGUUAUCGAAGCUGGAUCAGUAUGGAGACAUUCUCCAGACAUCUGCGCGAGAAGGAUGUCGAGCUGCCGGCGACGAUGGCGAAGCGAGCUGCAGACUCGUACGCAAAAGUCUUUCAAUCUUUGGAGUGGGACAAGUUGUAA